AUGGGCAAAUCGUCCAAGGAUAAGCGCGAUGCUUACUAUCGCCUGGCGAAGGAACAGAAUUGGCGCGCUCGCUCGGCGUUCAAGCUCAUUCAAAUCGACGAACAAUUCGACCUCUUCGAUCACGAGAACCCGGAUAAUGUUACACGAGUUGUGGAUCUUUGCGCUGCACCAGGCAGUUGGAGUCAGGUACUGAGUCGAGUCCUGAUCAAGGGCGAAAGCUUUGGCCGGCGGGCGUGGCUCGAGAAGAAACAAAGAGACCGACAGGCUUUGGAGGAGGGCGGCGAUGCGACCAAGCCAAGCGAUAAUGACAUGGAGCCUCAAUUUGGAGAGAGCGACCCAAAUGCCGAACUGAAACCUCGCAAGAAUGUCAAGAUUGUCUCCAUCGAUUUGCAACCGAUGGCCCCGCUUGAAGGCAUCACCACCCUCAAAGCUGACAUCACCCAUCCCUCCACAAUCCCUCUUCUCCUACGUGCUCUGGAUCCUGAAGCUUACGAAUCUUCUUCUACUUCCACUGACUCCCCAUCAAACCCUCCAGCACCCAUCAGAGAGCCUCAUCCUGUUGAUCUGGUUAUCUCCGACGGUGCGCCCGACGUAACUGGUCUGCACGAUUUGGACAUCUACAUCCAGUCCCAAUUGCUCUACGCAGCCCUCAAUUUGGCCAUGGGCGUUCUUCGACCUGGCGGCAAAUUUGUUGCUAAAAUCUUCCGAGCCCGUGAUGUCGAUCUUCUUUAUGCGCAAUUGCGAACUGUUUUCGAUCGAGUCAGCGUCUCCAAGCCUCGGAGUAGUCGUGCCAGCAGUUUGGAAGCAUUCAUCGUCUGCGAAGGCUAUAUCCCACCCGUCAGCAAUGAAGGUCUCGCUGGAAUGGCAGCAUUGAAAAAUCCUCUAUUUGGUGGUGCCGCUACCCCGAAGCCUGUCUCGCAGGAUGGCAACGUCGGCCUCGAAGUAAAAGACGAUCUAGAUCAAGAUACAAGGGCUCGGCCUGUCCUAGCAGAGACAAACGAUGGGCCCAAUGCUUCGUCAACACACUCCACGGAAGUGCGCCAUCUCCAGCAACCAUCCGAGACAUCAAACCAGCCACCUGGGCAAAAGCUGUCCAACAAAUUUGCCGAGGAGAAUCGAUGGAUUCCUUCAUUCAUUGCCUGUGGCGACCUGUCUGCCUGGGAUUCAGAUGCAUCAUAUGCCCUUCCUCCUGAUCAUGUCAGCUUGCAGCCAGUACAGCCUCCGACUGCUCCGCCUUAUCGUAAGGCUUUGGAGUUGAGGAAGGAAAUGAGCGGUGCUUACGGAAAGACCAAACAUGGGCCAUUGGCAAGGGCCUGA